UUCAUUAAAUAAUGUGAGUAACAGUAAUGACGUAUAUUAUUUUUUCAGCGACGAAAGAGAAAUUAAUUUGCUAGUUGUCUACCACCCGAAGUCACCGAAAAAGAUUGUGAAACCAGCAAAAUUGGAUCAAUGGCAACUCCCAUUUUCUCUAAAGGUUGAAGUUUGAAUCAUCAAUUUGUUUCUUCAGCUCAAUGGCGGAAGUUUCUGGAAUCCACCGUUUCCACCUCCCUCAAACUAUCUAUGCUACCGUCACUGAUGAUGAUGAUGAUGAUGAAGAGUACUCACAUCCGUUUGCUUUUGAUUUCGACUCACUUUCUCCUCCUAAUCACACCCUUUUUAUCCACUCUCAUGAUUUCAACUACAGCCCCAAUUCGGAACCCGAACCCGGUUCCCUAGAUUCAGAUUCGGGUUCGGAUCACUCGGGUUUGCUUGCAGAUCCGGAUUCCUUUAUCGUUGAUGAUGACCAAAUGAAUUUUGUUACGGAUCUGUUUGUGACCCCUGAUGGAAACGUUUCAGAAGAUUCGGGUUUUGAUAAUGGGAAUAGGGUUGUUCUAGAGGAUGUAUACGGUGAUUUUGGAUCUGAUUUUGAUGGGGUUCUUCUUCCCUCAGAUUCCAACGGACUUGAUACGGGUGAUGGGAUUCGGGUUGUGGGUAUUGGGUCGGAUUCUGAUUCGCAAGAAGUGGAGCUGAAUGUUGGGGAUAUUAAUCAGGCCAAUGGUUUUUGGAAUUGUCUUCGGAUUGAUGAUGAGAGGGAUGUGAAUGACGAGUUUGAGUGGGAAGAAGUCAAUGAAAGGGGUGAAGAUAGAGACUAUUUGAGUUCUGUAAUUGAUGGAAUUGAAGAAAUAUCAGUUUCUUCAGAUAUUUCAUCUUCUGAAGGAGGGAACUCGAAUUCGGGUUCAGUUGAUGAGCCGGUGAGGAGUUUAGAGUGGGAAGUUCUGUUGGCCGUUGAUAAUAUUGAAAGAAGCCUCGAACUUGAUGGAAAUGAUGAUGGGAUUUCUCAUGUAAACGAAACUGAUCACGAUGCCUUGUUUGGGCAAUUUCUGGAGAGUGAAGGGACUUUGAAGGGUAGUCCACCAACAGCUAAAUCUGUUAUUGAAAAUCUUCCUUCGGUGGCUUUGAAGGACGAAGUGAACAAGAUAGCCUGUGCUGUUUGUAAAGAUGAGAUUUUGGUUGUGGAGAAGGUGACUGAGCUUCCUUGUUCCCAUUAUUACCAUUGGGAAUGUAUUAUACCAUGGUUAAACAUACGUAAUACAUGCCCUGUUUGUCGUCAUGAGUUACCCACGGAUGAUACUGAUUAUGAGAGGAGAAAAAUUGGAAGGCGUACCGGUGCUGGAGCUCAACUCAUUAGUGACUUUCAGGUUAGAUACAAUUUUGAAAUUGUCCCUUGAGACUUUUUCUUGUUCAUACACAGAUAUCAUAGGAUGUGCAUAUUCCCUUAGUGGUGAGUAUGUUGAUUCUUUUUAUAGACUGUUUCUUUCUUUAAUUUUUUGGUACAAUGUAUGUUUGUAAGAGUUCCAGUUUGUAUGACAGUAUGAAAUUUAUACUUGCUGUAAUUGUACCAUUAGGCAGUGAGACAAUGUAAAAGGAUUAUUGAGUCAUUAAUACUACUAUAGACUAUAGAGAUUGAUGAAUGAUUGAAACAA